AUGCCAAUUUUUGAGGGUGAUAAAAUGGAAAUUCAAAUUAAUCACGAAUUGCAACCAGAUGAAAAAAUUCACAUAUUGAUUACCCAUAAUAAAACCACAUUUCAUUCUAAUGAUAGGAGAAAUUCUGGAUGGGUUCCUAAUUAUGAACAGCCUUUGCGAAAGAAAGAACAAGGACGUGCUAUUCAUAUAAGUGAUUUUAUUUGUGAAACAAUUAGUCGAUUACAAUUAAAUGAGGAACAAAAACUUUCUGAAAUCAGAAAUAGAAUUCCACAUAAAACCCGAAUUAUGAUAAAUCCUAAAAAGAAUUAUGAUAGUUAG